AUGGUGUCUAGAAGCAUUCCUAUAUUUUUUCUGAUCUCGAUCUUCUCCAUAGUUUUGGCUGAAAAUCAGCUGAAAAUCGAGAAGGAAAUCAAUUCUGCGAUUGAUCAAAAACAAAUCAAGGCUUCUCCCUAUUACAAAGAUCAAAUGCUAAAAGUUCCGAUAUCAAGAGAAGCUGGAAAGGAAUUAUUACAGCAUUGGACCGAUCAGGCGUUUUCGGGAUUGAUUUCGGCGAUUGCCACGAGACGGUGAGUACGGUAGGAGGCGAGCGGUACUGUAGGUGCAUUUUGAGAUAGAAUUCAAAAUUUUUCGAGAUCCCGAAAAAAUGCACUGUUUCAAAAAUUCCUCAAAAUUUUUGUGAAAUCAUUUUUUUUCAAUUCGAUGGUGUUGGUCCGGAAUUUUUUUAAAAAGAAAAUACUACAGUACACUGGGAUUCACAGUAGAAAAUUCAAAAUUCGGAAAAAAGGACCCAGGGGCCUACAGUAACCCAGUUACAAAAUUUUGAAAUUUUAUGAAAAAGUUCACUGUUUCAAAAAUUCCUUAUGAAUUUUUGAAAAUUUUGAAAAAUCAAUAAGAUGAUAUCAUCAUCAUCAAAAAUAGGUAAUUAUCAAGUUACAGUAAGCAAAAUGUACAGUACCCAGGGGCCUACAGUAAUCCAGUUGUGUGAAGAAUUGAAUUAUAUCAACAGAAACACAUUGAAAAUUUCCUCAACACCAAACUACAAACAUUCAGCGAGAUAGGUUAAACUAGAGUAUAUUCUUAUUCAAUAUGACUGUUUAUCUUUCUUUCUCUAACUCUCUCUCUCUCUCUUCGUCACUCUUUUCUUCACUGCCUAUUAUUUUAUUAUUACUCCGCGGUUUUUUAAAAUCAUAUUUUUUGUAAUCUUUUAAAUUUUAUCUGUUAAAAGUUCACUGUUUCAAAAAUUCUUCAUAAUUUUUCCGAAUAACUUUUGAGCCGCUUUUUCAAUCACAUCACUGUUUCAAAAUUUCCUCAUGAAUUUUGGGAAUUUUCAAAAAUUAAUGACCGUGUAAUACAGCAAGCAGAAACCUCUACAGUACCCCGGGGCCUACAGUAACCCAGCAAACGUUUUUUUCCAAAAAAAAAAUUUCACUGUUCCAAAGUUUUUUCUUAAUUUUUGGAAUAGUUUUUAAGCCGAUUUUUCAACUUCAAAUUGUAUGGAAAAAAAUCACUGUUUCAAAAUAAUCUCAAAAAUUUUUCUUUUUUUUCGAAUUGCUCCCCAACCACACAGUGUAAAUCAAUUUCCACAGUACCUCAUUCCAGAAUCAAAGGCGCCAACACCUACAAUCAAAAUCGUCACGAGACCUGCGCUUCCGAAUCUCACGACCUCGUACAUCACGCAAAAUGUCUAGUGGAACUCGAGAACGCUCUGAAGUCUCAGCACAAUUUGAAAAGACGGAAAAUGCUCAGAUCAAAGAAAACGACUAGAAAAUCAAAGAAAUGGGUUGGCUCCUUUAAAACUCGCGCCAAAAGAAGCAUCAAAAACGUGGCAAAUUAUCAACUGAAAUCUGAAAAUGAUCGAAGUCCAUUUGGAAUCAUCACAAAACAUCUGACAAACACUGUGAAGAUUUUUAAAAAUAAGAAAAAUUUGGGGAGAUGGCAAGAUACGAUAAGUCGGAUUCAAGAAAAAGCUGAAAAUUUGAAAGCAAGAGAUAAAGCUGAGAAAAUUGCGAAAAAGCGAUUUGAUGUAUUUCGAAAUGGUGUCAAAAAAUUGCGGAUGAAAGAUGAGCCAAAAAUCAUCAACGAGCGCAGAUUCGCCGAUCCAAUGCUCAAAAAAUAUGAGAAAAUCGAGAAAUUAAUUGAAGACGAAGAUUUGCGCGAAGCUUUUCAUGCGAAAACGCAAAAUAUGACGGAUGAGGAGAAAAUUAUGAUGGCACCCGUGGAAAUUAUUCGAGAGGUUGCGAAGCUGGGAUUGGCUAUGGGUGGCAAGAAUACAAGUGAUUUUGAUAGGAAAAAUGUGCGGAUGAUUAGCCCCAAAUUUAUGAGCAUUUUGCCUGAGGAUGAGGAGCAGAAGGGGAAUGCGGUGGGUGGAUUUUUGCGAAAUUUAAAAUCGGGUUUCCAAAAAAUUUUGGAUUUCUUAUAGAAUCAUAAGCACCUGAUUCAGUUUCAAAAUUUUUAUAUUAAAUUUUUUGAAGCAGUAAAUUUUUUUCUAUGUACAAAAUAAUUUUUUGAGCUCAAAUUUCUGAAUUUUCAUAACAUUUGCCACGUGGAUUUUUUCUCCACCUGAAAAUUUGGUUUCUCGAAUUCUGAAAUCAAUUUCUAAAAAAGUAAAAAAAUUGUGAUUUGAAAUUUUCGAAACAGUAGUUUUUUUCCUCCAAUUUAUGAAUUUUCGAACGUGGAUUUUUGCCACGUGGAAUUCUGGAAAAAAAAAUUUGAAUUCAGAUUUUCGAAUUUUCCUUGAAAUUUUCGACUUCAUUAACACGCAUAAGCACUUGUUUCUGUUUUGAAAAUUUUUAUAAUAAAUUUUUGAAACAGUAAAUUUUUUUCUAUGUACAAAAUAAUUUUUUGAGCUCAACUCUCUAAAUUUUCAAAACACUUGCCACGUAUAUUUUUGUCACCUGGAAAUCUGGUAUAUGGAAUUUUAAAACUAAUUUCUGAAAAAGUGAAAAAUUGUGAUAUGAAAAUUUUGAAACAGUAAUUUUUUCUAUGUAUCAAUAAUUUUUUGAGCUCAAAUUUCUUAAUUUUCAAAAAAUUUGUCAUUUGAAUUUUUGCCACCUGGAAUUUUGGUGCAAAAUUUAAAUUCAGGUUCCCAGCCGAAAAAUUAGAUUGAAUAUUUUCAAACACAUACAGCGCUUUCUUCAAUUUUGAAAAUUUUUAUAUCAAAUUUUUGAAACAGUAAUUUUUUCUAUGUAUCAAUAAUUUUUUGAGCUCAAAUUUCUUAAUUUUCAAAAAAUUUGUCAUUUGAAUUUUUGCCACCUGGAAUUUUGGUACAAAAUUUAAAUUCAGGUUCCCAGCCGAAAAAUUAGAUUGAACUUUUUUUUAGAAUUUUUUAGAAAUUUUCAAAAAUCUUAUAGCGCUUGCCUCAGUUUCAAAAAUUAUGAUAUGAAAAUUUUGAAUCAAUAAAUUUUUUUUCAUCAAAAAUUUUGUUCUGAAACAUUACAGAACGAUUAUUUUCAGAAGCUAUACAGGUUUUUCAAAAGUUAAAAAAUUUUCUGAAAUUCGCGUGUCAAAUUUGAGACUUCAUUAAAACACUUUACGAGAGCGUCUAAUUCAAAAAUAAAUUUUGAUAUGAAAUUUUUGAAACAGUAAUUUUUUUUAAUCAAAAAUGGUUUUGAGCUCAAAUUUCUGAAUUUUCAAAACAUUUGCCACCUGGAUUUUUGCCACCUGGAAAUCUGGUGCAAAAUUUGAAUUGAGGUUCCCAGCCGAAAAAUUAGAUUGAACUUUUUUUUUAGAAUUUUUUAGAAAUUUUCAAAAAUCUUAUAGCGCUUGCCUCAGUUUCAAAAUUAUGAUAUGAAAAUUUUGAAACAGUAAAUUUUUUUUCAUCAAAAAUUUUUUUGAAACAUUUCCAGAACGAUAAUUUUAAAAAGCUAUACAGGUUUUACAAAAGUUCACAAAUUUUCUAGAAUCCACGUGUCAAAUUUUAGAUUCCAUAUAAGUCUUUAAGGAUGCUUAAGCGGCUAAUUCAAAAAUAAAUUUUGAUAUGAAAUUUUUGAAACAGUAAAAUUUUUUUUCAUCAAAAAGGGUUUUGAGCUCAAAAUUUUGAAUUUGGGAGAUUUCCACGUGGAUUUUUGCCACCUGGAAAUUUGGAAUAAAAUUUAAAUUAAGGUUCCCAGCCGAAAAAUUAGAUUGAAUUUUUUUCAGAAAUUUUUUUGAAAUUUUCGAAUACUUGAACGCUUGCUUCAGUUUUAAAAUUUUGAGAUGAAAAUUUUGAAAUAAAAUGCGUCAAAAAAGAAGUCCUUACAAAAGCGACUAAUUCAAAAAAAAUUUUUGAUAUGAAAUUUUUGAAACAGUAAAUUUUUUCCACAUUUUCGCAUCUAAAAUCGCCACGUGGAUCCAUCAAAAUCAGCAAAUAAAUUUCAAAUUUUUCUUCAGAUCGACAUAUUCUCGCCCUCCCUCUUCUCUCUUCACGAUUCCGGCUCCGGCUCAGAAAAAGACGCCUCUCUCAAAUCAAUCCUCGGAAAAACCACACUCGAUUCACAAGACACUCAAAACUUAAUCGAUUUCCUCGUCGAAGCCACCGGUGUCUCCGAAGCUGUCGAAGAAGCCGAAUCGAAAAUCCAAAAAGCGACCAGGCUGAAAGAUGAGGCCAUGGGAAGAGGUCCCGACGGCCAGCCACUAUAUUUUACCAAGAAGAAUAUCACUGAAAAAUUCCCGAAGGAGGCGCCGAAAAUUGAACUUUUCGAAAAAUUGGAUAAAACUUAUACUGUAGAGCAGCUGAAGGAGAUGAAUCAAACCGGUUAUACGAUUUUGAGCCCUGAGCAGAUGAAUUUGGUUUAUGGGAAGAAAUCACCAUUCCGAAAUGCUAAAUUAAUGAAAACUUAUAAAAAUAUGACACGAGAUGAGAUUCAAAGAGCAAUUCAUCAUCAAAUCGAUGAUGUUGCCAAGGAAAAACUCAAAUUCGAGGUAUCCAACUUAGCCUAACUUCCUAUUCCCAUUUUUUUUCACAUAGAAAUUUUGCAGGUUCGUCAAAAGGACAUUGUACUUUCACCGAUUGUCAACACCGUUCUUCUUAAUGCGCCCGAGGUAAGAAGAAAUAGCUAAUUAAGUGAUUAAUUAGUGAUCACGAUGUUUUGGGGAUAGACAGACAGGAUGUUUUUUUUUUGGGGGAAAGAAACUAUUUCCAAUUGACAAAUUGAGAUUGGAGAUAUUUUCGGGGGGAAUUGUGGAAUUUUUGAAACGUAGAAAAUUGGGGUGGGAGAAUAGGCGUUCUAGGCGCAGCUACUUGGAAUAGAAUCUCAAAAGGCGCCGCUACUUGACAACUUAACUCUCUAGACCCUGUUCCUUGACAGCUAUCAUAUACAGGCGCGGCUACUUGAAAACCAGAUCGUCUAGUCUCGGCUGCUUGGCAACUAGGAUUCCUAAAAUCGGCUACUUGGCAUUUGCGUUCUCAAGGUAUCUUAGCCGUAAUGCGUUCACAAGUAAAAUACUGUAGUUUGGUAUAUGAACCGCGACGCACUCGCAACGCAACGAAAGGAUAAAUUUAACCUUGAGAGGAAUAUUGCUCAAAUUAGGAAGUGACUAGAACCUAUUGUGAAACGUAAUUUUUACAGGAGGAAAAUUUUCGAAUUUUGGAAAAGUCUAAAAAUAACUUUAAAAAAACCAAACCACUUCCCAGAUCGCCUCCCAACCAAUCAUCCUCUCUCCCGUCCUCAUGGUCCCUCUCAUCCAAUCUCCCGCGGUUUUCGGCGCAGUCAUCCUAUCCCCCUGGCUCUUCGUCCCCGUCAUCCUGUCACCCCGUCUUCUCAGCCCAGUCAUCCUCGAUCCCUUCAUGUUCGUCCCAAUCAUCCUAUCGCCCUUGGCACUCGACCCAGUCAUUCUAUCACCAGGGAUCUUCAACCCAUUUGUUCUAUCACCCCUGGUCCUCUCACCUUUUAUCCUGUCACCCCAAGUUAUGACACCCCUGAUCCUGUCACCUUUUGCCCUCACACCCUUGAUUUUGAACCCUCUGCUAUUGUCCCCUUUGGUGUUAUCACCAUUUGUCCUAUCACCCCAAAUCUUGUCCCCGCAGUUUGUCACAGCCAUUAUCCUAUCACCCUACGCCCUAUCUCCCGCCAUAAAAUCCGAUGGUGCAAUGGUAACGGUGUUCGCCUCACCAAGUUGGCUAUCAUAAUAAAGUUUUUGCUAGUUUUUCGGCGUACAGGAAAAAAAUCUCGCGGGUCUCCUAACUCAUCUACACACCUAACAAAUUUCAGGUUGCUUCCCAACCCAUCAUCCUCUCUCCCGUCCUCAUGGUCCCUCUCAUCCAAUCACCCGCGGUGUUUGGUGCAGUCAUCCUAUCACCCUGGCUAUUCGUCCCAGUUAUCGUGUCUCCCCGUGUCCUCAGUCCUAUCGUCCUGGAUCCCUUCAUGUUCGUCCCAAUCAUCCUAUCACCACUCGCAUUGGACCCUGUUAUCCUAUCACCCGGCGUGUUCAACCCUAUCAUCCUGUCACCAUUGGUUCUUUCACCGUUCAUUUUAUCGCCACAAGUUAUGACACCCUUGAUCUUGUCACCGUUCGCCCUCACACCUUUAAUACUAAACCCUCUGUUAUUAUCCCCUCUGGUGCUAUCACCAUUCGUCCUAUCACCUCAGAUAUUGUCCCCACAAUAUGUCACCGCUAUUAUCCUAUCACCCUAUGCCCUAUCUCCCGCCAUUAAAUCAGAUGGUGCUAUGGUGACCGUAUUCGCGUCACCAAGUUGGCUAUCAUAGGGUGUGGGAAAGUUUAGUUUAACUAAUAAAAUUGUCGGGGGUUUGUAAUCGGGAACCUUUAAAAGGUAAAAAAAAAUUAAUAAAUAUUCUUCGGUCCUUUUUGUUAAAUACAUACUCAGUACAAAUUACAAGUGUUAACCCAAACGAAAUUGGCCUGAAGAAUACGUCUAAUCAACCACACCCGGAAAUUAAAAAAAAAUACCUGGGGUAAGUCCACCAGACCAAGGAUCUAUUCAUAAUAGAAAUAAGACCAGGCUUUGGGUCCAGGCCUAGGCUUAGAUUUGUUCUAGUCAGGCUUAGGCUACCCUGUUCCGAUUUAAAACAUUAAAAAAAAAUAAUAAGAGGUUCGUCCAACUCAGGAGGCUUCUGCAAAAGCUAACAGUAUCCGAAGAGUGAUGUUCAUAGCUUCAACAUCCGCAUUAUUGAAUCAGACCAAAGGAAUCAGAGCAGGUUGUGAUAAACCUUCUGAACCUUUUCGAUUUGAAAACAUAUGCCAAGUCGGACAAUGUCCUGUCCUUGAACAUUGCCUAAACUUGUCCUGGCUCGAACAUGGCCGAAAGCCAUAAAACCAACCAGCUCCACCCUUGUACAUACCCAAGCUUCCGUAUCAGUGAUACGAUAUCACACAUAUCUUGCAGCCUCCGUAAACACAUUUCAGAUCGCCUCCCAACCAAUCAUCCUCUCUCCCGUCCUCAUGGUCCCUCUCAUCCAAUCUCCCUCAAUCUUCGGACCAGUCGUCUUAUCCCCCUGGCUCUUCGUCCCAGUUAUCCUCUCACCCCGUAUAAUGAGCCCAAUCAUCCUUGAUCCUUUCAUGUUCGUCCCAAUCAUCCUCUCCCCGUUGGCUCUUCAUCCAGUUAUCCUAUCUCCCGGUGUCUUCAAUCCACUCGUCCUAUCACCAUUGGUUCUCUCACCGUUUAUCCUGUCACCUCAAGUUAUGACACCUCUGAUCUUGUCACCCUUCGCUCUCACGCCCUUGAUUUUGACCCCUCUGUUAUUGUCCCCUCUGGUUCUAUCACCUUUCGUCCUAUCACCCCAAAUAUUGUCCCCGCAACUCGUAACUGGGAUCAUUCUCUCACCCUACGCUCUAUCUCCCGCCAUUAAAUCCGAUGGUGCAAUGGUGACCGUAUUCGCCUCACCAAGUUGGCUAUCAUAG